AUGACUGAGAUUAAAUACGGAGUCGGGGUCAAAGUCACGCCGGGCCAGAAACGGGCCUGGGAGGAUUUGAGGUUUGUCCUAAGGGAGAAGAGCAGAGACAAUAUUCGGGAGCCUGCGCUGCGAGAUGUGCAGUGGACUUUUGAAUCAGCUGUGCAAGAGAAUGUCAGCAUUAAUGGGCAAGCCUGGCAGGAAGCUUCAGAUAGUUUUAUGGAUUCUGAUAUCAAAGUACUUGAAGAUCAGUUUGAUGAAAUCAUAGUAGAUAUAGCCACAAAACGUAAGCAGUAUCCCAGAAAGAUCCUUGAAUGUGUCAUCAAAACCAUAAAAGCAAAACAAGAAAUUCUGAAGCAGUACCACCCUGUUGUACAUCCAUUGGACCUAAAAUGUGACCCUGAUCCAGCCUCUCGUGUGGAAAAUUUAAAAUGCAGAGGAGAAACCAUAGCUAAAGAGAUCAGUGAAGCCAUGAAGUCCUUGCCUGCAUUAAUUGAACAAGGAAAUGGAUUUUCCCAAGUUUUAAAGAUGCAGCCUAUUAUCCAGCUCCAGAGAGUCCACCAAGAAGUCUUUUCCGGUAGUUACAGGCAACCAGAUGUUAAACCU